AUGAAAGAUAAGGCUAAUAAGCCUAGACUCGAACUGGCUAACUCUCAGGAAAUUCUGGAGGAAAGUGAUUCUAGUAAUCAAAGGGUGGUGCAAGCCCUAUAUGAGGCCUUAAGGUCACGUGACGUGGCAACGGUUCACAAACUGGUUGCUCCAGACCUAGAGUGGUGGUUCCAUGGUCCGCCGACCCACCAGUACUUGAUGCGCCUGCUCACUGGUGCUUCUUCUGACACGUCAUCAGGAGGCCGAAACAACCUCAAAAACAAAAGACAAGACAGCUGCUUCCGAUUUGCUCCGCAGACCAUCGUUUCAUUUGGGCCCACCGUACUCGCCGAGGGCUGUGACCACGCGCGCUCCAUUGUUUGGGUUCACGCGUGGACCGUCACGAAUGGGGUAAUCACCCAAAUCAGGGAGUAUUUCAACACUUCCCUCACCGUCACGCGCUUCGGUGACUCCACCGCCGCUGUCACAAACUCAGACCCAUCCUCACCGUCCGCGUCGGAUUACGAAUCAGCUUCACCGCCAUCAGCGUCGUCAUCAUCAACGGCUGAGAUCACGCCACUUCAUUGCCCUUACCUCUGGGAGAGCAGUGUAUCCGAUUUGGUCGGGAAGUCCAUGCCCGGACUCGUCCUCGCCAUAUAA